AUGACUGCUGAUUUCUCGACACCGGCCUCCUUGGUCAACCUGCCCUUCGACAUUCUCUAUCAAAUCAGCCAAUAUUUGAAUAUCUCUGAAUUCGUUCAUCUCAGCCGAACAUGCCGGGCAAUGUACUCCUGCGUGCGGAGUGAGCUUAUUGCACAUCGACUUGUCGAGAACGACAUCGCCCACAGUAAGGAAGGUCAUGCAGCCCUUGCGGGCGGGCUUGGCUACCUCAAGGCGGUUGGACACCGCUUCGACAUUGAAGAAGCGUUAGCCACCGCCUCCCCCUAUGCAGUGUCCAUGUUGGCAUACGCCAAGGAUUUUGUCUAUCAGGACGGUGUACUCUGCUAUCUGGCCGGUCAUCAACUCCGUACCCUCGACGUCCAUCGGUCGGCCCAGCAAGAGCACGUCCUGAACCUGGACGAUAUUGUCCCCCGUCUGACUCGUCCGAAAGCCAACGUCUCGGUCUUGGAUGACCCAGAAAACCUCAAAAUUCUUGGGUUCCAGCAAGGGGUCGUCGUCUUCACACUUGCAGGCCUGCAUCAAGAGAGCCUCGCGCUAGUCGCUCUCGAUGUGACGCCCAAGCUGACUCACCGUCCGUGGCGGCUCCUGCUAAAUGAGCCGAUCCCGGCGUCAAGGCAGGUUGUGGUGCGACACAGUAACAAAUACCUAUGGUAUGCGGUGUAUCUUGAUGACCCGGGUACUUACGGGACUUGGUUGUGCUGCGGCUACGAUCUCGACACUCGGGCCGAAUUCAAGUUCACCCUCGAUCAGAUGGUAACGAGCUAUCUGGGCCGAGACAUUCAAUUUCAGAUUGUUGAUGAGCAUCUCUACGUGGUCUCCACAGAGAACAUGACCUAUGAUGAUGAGCGGUUCUCAUCAUACUACUACUGGACGUGCUUUGCCCCACGCCAAGAGGACCGAAAAUGGUCGGGCCGUGUCUGGCGUCGCGAGCACCGCGAGGGUCCCAUUGAUGAUCUGUGGACGGCUCUCUCCAUCCAGAGGGAUACGGCCACCGGGCGGCCUAUGAUUGUAGAGUGUCGCCGCGAGUGGUCCCUCGGUAAAGAUGAAGGGCGCCGUACAAUCUAUACACAUCCAUUGCCCACCGUGGAGGAACUUGACCUGGUUGAUCCCGAGGAUCGUCAGGGUUCGAACGGCAGCGUCGCGUCUUGUCGACAUUCCGAGGAGACUUUCAAGGGGGAUGAUCAGGAUGACUGCAGCAUCGAUGUUCUCGCGGCAAAACGUCUGCGGCGGGGUGAGCACCGUGAGCAUGAGCUGGACGAGGAUUGGAAUCUACGGAGAGGGUUCAUAUACGCACAUACCAAACAUCACGCUUACGAUCUGGCGAGCUCCACCUUUAUCGAUCUCGUCAAUGAUCAAAUCCCUCGGGGCCACGGGAGUCAAAUGCAGGAUCGCCUGCGUCUGCGAACUGUCUCGCGCAAGCGACGAUUGUCCCAGGACGAAGAUGGGCCGGCGGGGGAUCCUGGUUGGACUUCUGAGCAAGACCCACCCGCCAAACGGCCCACGAAAGUGCACGUCUCUGAUGAGCGGUUUGUCUCUCGUGGCGUGCGCAUGUGGCCUCGGGAGGAUGGACCCGCCCACAUCCAUCAACUUCUUACUCCCGCCGAAGAGGCCGGACCCGUGAGUGUAGUGAGCGAUGACCGCUCACUGAUCUAUUCCAUAUCUAGCCCCGCCCUUCCGGAACAUCACCGGGCACUAGUUCUGGUCAGUUUCGACCCCUCGCUCCGGAUAUCGUCCAUGAAAUCGCUCAAUUGUGGCCAGGCCUUGAAAACGGCCUCCAAUAAGACGGGGGACUCAUCCUUCAGAGAGAUGCUUUCCUACAAGACCGGCCAAUUUAGUCUUGUCAAAGUGGCGCAUCCCAUGUACGAGGGGAUUGAUCGAGGUUUUUGGCUACGGUGA